CCGGGCUGCCCGUGGCCGCCGGCGGUCCCCGCGGGCUCGUAUGUGCGUGCUCGAAACGCUUACAGGCGUCAAGUGCUGUUGGGAAGUUUGGAUAUUUUUUUAUUGUUGUUAUGCAUUUAUUAUGGGUGUUAUGGACAUUUAUUUAAAGAACUGAGAAAAAAAUCGUAUAUUCUAAAUCGAAAGGCAGCUGUGAUGUCUUUUUUAGGUGUUUGGGAAGAAACUGGGGAGAAGAAAUGUGUAUUUCUGUAUGAGCAGCUGUAUUUGGGGUGCUCUGAAUCCCUAGAGGUGGGCUUUAGGAAGGGAGGAAAUGUUACCUCUCCUUAGAGUAUUUCUCACAGCGUUUAUGGGUUGUGCGCUGGUACGUUUUAACACAGUCUGCUCCAAAACCAGUUUUCUGCACACCGAACUGGGUACCUGUUAUAUGUGUAAUUACUAUAUCUGUGGUUUUCUGUAGUAAAUGUGGGUAUAAUUUCUUACAGCUUGUCUGAAUUUUCUGAAGCUCUGCAAAGUCAAGUACUACAACUAUUGCCUUAUUUAUAAUGUACAGAGGGGUUUUAUUAUACAAACGGGAGACCCCAUGGGAACUGGCCGUGGAGGGGAAUCCAUAUUUUGUUCCUUAUUACUACGGGGGAAAACCUGGAUUAUCUGGAUGGCGUGCAUACAGUAUUUGGAGAAGUGACAGAAGGCAUGGAUGUACUGAAGACAAUUAACGAAACCUUUGUAGAUAAGGAUUUUAUCCCAUAUCAAGAUAUCAGGAUAAAUCAUACAGUAAUUUUAGAUGACCCAUUUGACGAUCCACCUGGCCUGUCUAUUCCUGAUCGCUCACCAGAACCUACCAAGGAACAGCUAGAUAGUGGCAGAAUAGGAGCAGAUGAAGAAAUUGAUGACUUGAAAGGACGGUCUGCAGAUGAAAUAGAAGAAGUUCAUGCAGAAAAAGAGGCAAAAACUCGGGCCAUUCUUCUGGAAAUGGUGGGAGACUUACCAGAUGCAGAGGUCAAGCCACCAGAAAACGUGCUGUUUGUUUGUAAACUGAAUCCUGUGACCACAGAUGAAGACCUAGAGAUAAUAUUUUCACGAUUCGGUCCCAUUAAAAGCUGUGAAGUGAUUCGAGACUGGAAGACUGGUGAAUCUCUUUGUUACGCUUUCAUUGAGUUUGAAAAGGAGGAAGACUGUGAGAAAGCCUACUUCAAAAUGGACAAUGUGCUGAUAGAUGACAGACGGAUACAUGUAGAUUUUAGCCAGUCCGUUGCAAAGAUUAAGUGGAAGGGAAAAGGUGGGCGGUAUACCAAGGACGAUUUCAAAGAGUACGAAAAGGAACGUGAGAAACCUUCAAAACUUGCUCUGAAAGAGAAGGUAAAACCAAAGCAGGAUGUCAAGUAUGACCUUGUGCUGGAUGAGGAUAUAGAAGAGUCUCAAACAAGUCAGUCACACUUGGCUAAAAAACAAAAGAAGAAAAAGCACCACCACUCUGAAGAUGAAGAGGAUGACAAGAGGACCAAAAAAUCUAAGGAUUCUGAUCGAAAACAUGAAGGAGAACGCUGUAGAGAAAAGAUAAAGAGUGAGAAGAAAGACAGGCAUCGGAGUCGCAGCCGAUCUCAAGAGAGAGACUACACUUACAGCAAACAAAGAGACAAAUACAAAGACGACUUCCGAAUAAGAGACUGGGAUAAAAAAGCAGACAGAAGCAGAAGUCCUAAGAAAUCAAAAGAUAAAGAGAGGUCCAAGUACAGAUGAAGAACGAGGAAAAGAGAGGGCGGAACUAAAAUAUGUUUUCUUCCAGCGUUUCCAGCAUUCUCUCAAAUGGCUGUGCAGUUACUGGAUAAAAGCAGUUGCCUUCUGUUGGCAGCUUGGCCUUACAAUUCUGUGAAUGCCCAGCGUAUGACUGUUGCAGUAAGCCUUGAUUCCAAAAAGGAUGUUUCAAUAAAGUAUUUCACGUUA